AUGCGCGGUCGGCUCCUCCUCGUCGCCAUCGGGGCUGCCUUCGGCAGCGACGAGCGCUUCGCGGGCCGCGUCGCCGAGCUGCGGAGCUUCGUCGCCGCCGAGGGCCACGGCGACGUGCCCAUGGGCGAGCCGCUGGGCAAGUGGGUCGCGUCCGUGCGCCGCGCGGCGCGCGGCGGCAAAUUGGACCCCGAGAAGCGGCGGACGUACGCCGAGGCGGGAGGCACGUUCGCGCCGCUCGAGGGCCGCUGGGACGCGGCGGUGGACCUGCUCCGCGGCUUCGUGAAGCGCGAGGGCCACGCGGCCGUGCCCCGCAACCACACGGAGGGCGGCGUCUUCCUCGCCGCGUGGCUCCGGGGCGCGCGGCGGUCCGCCGCGGCGGGGACGCUCGAGCCGGCGCGCGCCGCGGCGCUCGAGGCGCUCGGCGUCGCGCUGCGGCGCAAGGAGGACCUCCGGGAGCAGAACUUCGACAAGUACCUCGCGGCGCUCGCGGCCUACGCGGCGGAGGCGCGCGUCAAGGACGCGCCGCGCGACGCGACGCACGACGGUUUGGACGUCGGCCGCUGGCUCGCGGGGCAACGCGCCAAGCACGCGGCGGGGAGCCUCGACGCGGGCCGGCGGGCGAAGCUCGAGGCCGCGGGGUUCUCGCCGUCGCCCGCGCGGGCGACGAAGCCGUCGGUGUGGGACCUGGAGGCGCCGGACAUCCCAGCGUCCGGCGCCGCGCGGAGCGCGUGGUUCCGGACGCAGGUCGAGGACCAGCCGACGACACUGGGCCAAUGGUACGACACGUGCGUCGGCCACGGCGCCAAGUUCCCCUUCCGGCCGCGCCAGUCCCAGGUGUCGUGGCGCGACGACCAGGUCUACCACAUCAUGUGCAUCCUGGAGCGGAAGCUCGCGCUCGGCGAGUCCAAAUUCUCCGCGCUGCAGAUCGGCGCGAACGACGGCAAGGACGCGUUCUACGACGCGCUGGUCUACGCGCGACGGCACUACGGCGACGUGGACGUCCGGGCGACGUUGGUCGAACCGACGCUCCACAACUUCGACAAGCUCAAGGCGCACUACGGCGCGUCCGAAACCGUCGGCCAAAUCGUCGAAUACGUCAACGGCGCGGUCUGCGACAGCUGCUGCGCGCCCGACGGCACGACGCAGAUCUUCCACCCGCGCUGGUCCCUCCUCGAGGAGUGGGAGCAGAAGGCGCGCGAAAACCCGGACAAGCACCCCAAGGCGUUCCAGACGCCCGACGGGUCCUGGCGCCAGCGCUGGCUCUACGAGCUCAACAGCCUGGACCGGAACAACCUCAAGACCCACUUCAAGAACGACGGCGACGUCGAGUCCACGACGAUCUCCUGCCUGCCCGCGUCGCGGCUCGGCGACGACCACGACUACGUCAUGAUCGACGUCGAGGGCUUCGACUUCGAGGUGCUCGCGUCGCUGGACCUCGCGAAGCAGCGGCCCCUCGUCAUCAACUUCGAGUCGAAGAUCAUGGAGGCGCAGCGGCCCGACGCGCUCUGGCGCGCGGCGACGUUCUGCAACGACGCGGGCUACCACGUCCUCCGCGGCCGCGCGAACUACAUCUGCGUCCGCGGCGACGCGCCCGACGUCGCGCUGCGGGACGUCGUCGCGAAGACCCUGGCAUAA